UUUGAGGGUGACAAGGAGGGAAGGAUUAUAAAUGUAGACAAUAGGCAGGUACUGAAAGAGUGCAAAACCUCCUCACUCUGCUUUCUAGUAGGGAGGAUAGAAAGUUCACAACACAUUCAAUCAGAGAAAUACACAUACAAAUUUUUUCUUCUUCCACUUCCCUUGUUAUCAGAUUCACACAAUACUCGAAUGGCUCGAAUGAUGAUCACUCGAAAAACAGUAUCAGCAGUAGCACUUAUAGGAUGGACAGUGUUCAUUAGCCUCCUUAUGAUGAGUGAAGUUGUGAGUGCAGAAAGGCCCCUAAAAGAUGAGCAGAAGCCAAGAAAUUUUGUUGAAGAAGAUGUAAAGCAAGGAGUCUUUGUGAGAAUGAUGAAGCUUCUCUGGCAGACUGGAGGGUCUUCUUAUCAACCUGUUUGGCCUGAGAUGAAGUUUGGUUGGAAAAUUGUAGUGGGAACAAUAGUUGGGUUCUUUGGUGCUGCAUUGGGUAGUGUUGGAGGUGUUGGUGGUGGAGGAAUUUUUGUUCCGAUGCUCGCGUUGAUCGUUGGUUUCGAUCCCAAGUCUUCCACCGCCAUUUCCAAGUGUAUGAUAAUGGGAGCUGCAGGCUCAACAGUGUACUUCAAUUUGAGACUUAGGCACCCAACACUGGACAUGCCCCUUAUAGAUUAUGAUCUGGCUUUGCUCUUUCAGCCAAUGCUUAUGCUAGGAAUCAGCAUUGGAGUUGCCUUCAACGUCAUGUUUGCCGAUUGGAUGGUCACAGUUCUACUCAUCAUUCUUUUCUUUGGGACAGCAGCAAAAGCUUUAAUGAAAGGCAUACAAACAUGGAAGAAAGAAACAAUGAUGAAGAAGGAAGCCGAAAAGCAGUUGGAAUCGGAGUCCAAACCCGGUGAUGGUUCUGGAGAAGACUACAAACCAUUACCUAGUGGUCCAGUUUCAUUGCAAGAUGACGAAGUACCUAUCUCGCGCAACGUUUACUGGAAAGAGUUGUUAUUGCUUGUGUUUGUGUGGGUGGCUUUCCUUAUUGUUCAGAUUGUCAAGACAUAUACCGAGACUUGCUCCACCAUGUUCUGGGUCCUGAAUUCCUUGCAGGUACCAAUUGCUGCCUCAGUAACAGUUUUUGAAGCGAUAUGCUUGUGGAAAGGCACCAGGGUAAUUGCAUCAAAAGGAAAGGAAAUCACAAACUGGAAGUUGCAUCAGCUAUUUCUUUACUGCAGCUGUGGGAUUGUAGCUGGUAUGGUUGGUGGACUACUUGGCCUCGGAGGCGGUUUCAUCUUGGGACCCCUAUUUCUUGAACUUGGAAUUCCUCCUCAGGUAGCAAGUGCCACAUCAACCUUUGCUAUGCUAUUCUCAUCCUCCAUGUCAGUUGUACAAUAUUACCUUCUCAACCGUUUCCCAGUUCCAUAUGCUGCUUAUUUUGUUUUGGUUGCUACAAUUGCUGCCUUCACUGGUCAACAUGUCGUGAGAAAGAUCAUUGCAGUGCUCGGAAGAGCCUCCAUUGUCAUCUUCAUACUAGCUAUGACGAUUUUCGUCAGCGCAAUCAGCUUAGGGGGGGUCGGAAUAGCAAACAUGGUUGAGAAGAUGGAGAAUCAAGAGUACAUGGGGUUUGAAAAUUUCUGUCACCAGUCUUAAAAGUGUGUUAGUGAGAAAUUUGAUUGUAAGAUAUUCUAUUUAUUGUUGUGGAAGAUUUCUCAACCCAAAAUAACUGUAUCCACACUGGAUCAUAUUCUACAUUACAAAUGGUGUAUAUUUUUUCCAGUAAAUUUCUGGCAAAGAUUAAUUGCUAUAUCUAUGUACUGGAUUUUUUGGUUUCAA